CAGUUUCUACCGUUUCCGGCUGCGAGAAGAAGUGGAUGAUGGUGUGGGUAUCCGACUACGAUUUCGACCCCAAGGGUCAAAAAAUGAAUCCCGAGGCCGUUUCGCAUUUAGAGCACAUCUGCUCGCUCGACAUUGACUCGAAAACUCCGUUCGUGCGUCUGUCCGGUAUCAUCUGUACGAUUGGGCCGGCCUCGGUGUCGCCCGAAAUGCUGGAGAAAAUGAUGGCAACCGGCAUGAACAUUGCCAGGUUGAACUUUUCGCACGGUUCCCACGAAUACCAUGCCAACACGAUCAAGAACAUCCGCGAGGCGGUCGAGAACUAUUCCAAGAAGCUGGGCAAACCGUUCCCGCUGGCCAUUGCGCUCGAUACGAAGGGUCCCGAAAUCCGUACCGGGCUGAUCGAGGGCAGCGGAACCGGUGAGGUCGAGCUGAAAAAGGGCGAGAAGAUUCAGCUGACCACGGAUAAGGAGCACCUGGAGAAGGGCAACAAGGACAAGAUUUAUGUCGAUUAUGUGAACAUCGUGAAGGUGGUUAAGCCAGGCGAUCAUGUAUUCGUAGACGACGGUCUGAUUUCGCUGGUUGUGGAUAGCAUUUCCGGUGAUACGCUUACCUGUACGGUCGAAAACGGUGGCAUGCUAGGUUCGCGCAAGGGUGUAAACCUUCCGGGUGUCCCGGUGGAUCUGCCGGCUGUGUCGGAAAAGGAUAAGUCGGAUUUGGUGUUCGGUGUAGAGCAAGGAGUGGAUGUCAUUUUCGCAUCGUUCAUCCGUAACGCUUCGGCACUGAAGGAAAUCCGUGCCAUCCUUGGUGAGAAGGGCAAGCACAUCAAGAUUAUUUCCAAGAUUGAAAAUCAGCAGGGCAUGCAAAAUCUGGACAAGAUUAUUGAAGCCACCGAUGGUAUUAUGGUCGCUCGCGGUGAUCUCGGUAUCGAAAUCCCGGCGGAAAAGGUAUUCCUGGCACAGAAAUCGAUGAUUGCACGGUGCAACCGUGCGGGCAAACCGGUAAUUUGUGCCACGCAAAUGCUGGAAUCGAUGAUCAAGAAGCCUCGUCCGACACGUGCCGAAAUUUCGGACGUUGCCAAUGCGAUCAUCGAUGGUGCGGAUUGUGUGAUGCUGUCGGGUGAGACGGCUAAGGGCGAGUAUCCGCUUGAGUGUGUGCUGACAAUGGCCAAAACGUGCAAGGAGGCCGAAGCUGCCCUGUGGCACCGCAAUCUCUUCAAGGAUCUGGUUGACACGACGCCAACGCCGCUGGAUACGGCCGCUUCCAUCGCUAUCGCUGGCGCGGAGGCUUCGAUCAAAAGCCGGGCCGCUGCUAUCAUCGUUAUUACCACCUCGGGCCGUUCGGCACAUUUGAUUUCGAAGUAUCGACCACGCUGCCCGAUCAUUGCCGUGACCCGUUUCCCACAAACGGCACGCCAAUGUCAUCUGUACCGAGGCAUUUUGCCCGUCAUCUAUGAGCAACCCGCAUUGGAAGACUGGCUAAAGGAUGUCGAUGCACGUGUCCAGUACGGUAUUGAGUUCGGUAAGGAACGUGGAUUCCUGAAGCCAGGCAAUCCAAUUGUCGUGGUUACGGGCUGGAAACAGGGCUCCGGAUUCACCAACACAAUCCGUGUGAUCAAUGUUGAAUAAAUAAGUCACAACGUAUCAUCAGGGCGUCAUCUAGGGGUGUGGUAAAAUGUCUCGUCUAAAUCUACCAACAAUGGC